AUGAACCAAACUAACUCCUUAAAAUCCUUUUUGAAUAUUGAAAAUGUAAAUGACCGAUUUGUAACGGAUUUAAAUACUUAUAAGAAGCAAUUUUCUUAUAAGGAAUUAUAUGAAGAAAUAGAAAACUUUGUAAAUUUUUUUCAAAGUAUUAAUAUAAAAAGAGGAGAUGAAAUAUCAAUCAUUUUAUUUAAUAGUAUUGAAUAUGUGAUAUCUUUUUUGAGUAUUAAUUUUAAUCAUAAUAUAUGUUUACCACAAAACACCAAUUUGAAAAAAGAGGAAUAUAAAAGAUAUUUAGUAAAUAACUGUAAGUAUAUUAUAAUUCAUGAUUAUGAUGAAAAUGAUGAGGAAUAUGCAAAUAUUAAAAAUAAACAUAGUUAUUAUAAAAAUGUGUGUAUUUAUAUAAAAGAGCUAUCUGAAGAAUAUGGUAUUGGUUUAAUUAAAAUAAAAAAAAACAAGGAGAAACCUUAUUUUACUUAUUCAUAUAUAAAUAAUGGAAGAAAGGAAGAACUACAGAAUUUAAAUAAUGACUUGAAAAAUGAUGAAAAUAAUAAUAUUAAUAAUAAUAGUAAUAAUAAAGAAGAAAGCAAUAUGUUGAAGAGUGAUAUAUGUCUUCAUUUACAUACGUCUGGAACUACGAGUAAAGUUAAAAUAGUACAGUUAUCUAAUACAAAUAUAAAAACUACAAUAACGAAUAUAACCAAUUCUUAUAAUAUAAAUAGAGAUGAUAAUACUAUUAUUGUUAUGCCUUUGUUUCAUGUACAUGGAUUAAUUGGUGUGUUACUUCCUAUAAUAUAUUGUAAAGGUAAUAUUUUAUUUCAAUUAGGUCAUUCUUUUAGUGCAUCCGAAUUUUGGAAUAAUGUUGAAAAUUAUAAUAUAACUUACUUUUCAGCUAUUCCUACUAUUCUUAAAAUAUUAAUAAUAAGAUAUGAAGAAGAUUAUUUAAGAAUAAAGAAAAUCCAAAAAAAUAGUGAUGAAAAUAAUAAAUGUGAAAAAACUAUAAUGAAGGAAAAAGUAAAACAUAAAUUAAGAUUUAUUAGAACUUCCAGUUCUAGUUUAGAUGAAAAUUUAGAAAAAGAAAUCGAAGAAAAGUUUGAAGUAUCUGUUUUUCAAGCAUAUGGUAUGACAGAAGCUUGUCAUCAAGUUAGUUCAAAUAAAAUCAUUACACCCUCAUUAUCAUCACCAAAUAAUAUACAAAUAUGUAAGAAAUUUAAAAGUGUAGGUAUACCUAAUGUAGGUGUUAUUAUAUAUAAUGAAGAAAAGAAAAAAAUAUGUGAUUAUAAUGAAUUAGGUGAAAUAUGUAUUAAUGGAAAAAACGUUAUGUGUGGAUAUAAAGAAUUAAAGGAUAAUGAUAAUAUAUAUAUAUAUGCUAAUACUAUAAAAGAAAGAAAUAACUAUAUGAUGAAGAAUCCAUUUUUAGAAAUAUCUGAAAAGGUACCUUUCUUUAAAACAGGAGAUAUUGGUUAUAUUGAUCAAGAUAACUUCCUUUUUAUAUCAGGUCGUAUUAAAGAUAUAAUUAAUCGAGGAGGGGAAAAAAUUAUACCAAAUGAAAUAGAUGAUGUUUUAAGAAAUCACGAUUUAGUUCAAGAUUGUUUAACGUUUUCUUGUAAAGAUGAUGUAUAUGGUGAAAUUAUAAAUAGUGCAGUAAUAUUAGAAGAAAAUAAAUUAUUAUCACAUAAUGAUGAUUAUAAUAAGAAUAGUACGAAUAAUAGUUAUAUUAAUAAAUCAUCUGAUGAACAGAAAAAUAUGUCAUUAAGUCCAUUUGAUGAAAACUUAUCCAUUUAUUUAAAUUUAAAAUAUUAUAUACUAAAAAAAGAAUUAAUAAAUUAUAUGAAAAAAUAUAUAGCUGAUUUUAAAGUACCAAGGAAUAUCUAUUUUGUUAAUAAUUUUUUAAAAACAGAUACAGGUAAAAUUUCUAGAAAAAAAGUUUCAGAAAGUAUUGAAGAAUUAAAAAAAAAACAAAUAAAAGUCUUUGAUAAUAUUAUACCUUUAAUUUUUAAAAAAUAUGAAAUAAAAUAUAUAUAUGGAUUAUAUGGUAUACCAAUAAAUAAAAUAAUAUAUAGUUUUAUUAAAAAUAAUAUAUAUUAUAUAAGUUUCAGAAAUGAGAUAAAUGCUUCUAUUAGUUGUAAUUAUGUUAAUUAUUUUGAUAUAAAUAAUAAAGAACAAAAAAAUAAAAUUGGAAUAUUAUUUACUUGCUCUGGUCCAGCAUUUAUUAAUACAUUAAGUGGUUUAUAUAAUGCUAAAGUUAAUAAUUUACCUAUGGUUUUAAUAUGUUUUGAAAAUGUGAGAAAUGAAAAGUUAACAUUAUUUGAAAAAUAUUGUAAUUUUCAAUAUUUCCCACAAUUAGACUUUUUAAAUAAAACAAAAGAAUUAUGUAAUCAAACGUAUCAUGUAAAUAAUACUUUAGAAUCAUUUUCAACUCAAUUGUUUAAUUGUAUAUAUACAUCUCUUCAACAUAAAUCACCUACAUAUUUAAAUAUUGAUUAUAAAUUAAUAGAGCAAACCAUAACUUUAGAUAAAGCUAUAGAGACAUUACAAUUAUGUGAUAUAUAUGCACAAAAAUGUUUAAAUCCAAAUCAGUUUAAUAAAUAUACAUUAUUAAAUAAUGAACAAGAAAAUUUAUUUACACAACUUUUAAAUAAAUUUGUAGAAAUAUAUAGAACCAACAAAAAAUGUGUUAUUUUUAUGGGUAUUAAUUGUAAUUAUGGAUAUAAAUAUAUUAUCAAAUUAGCAGAACUUUUGAAAAUACCUAUAUAUACAAAUACUAUGGCAAAAUCGUUCCUUAAAGAAAAUUAUUUAUAUAAUAUGAAUUCAUGUAAAUCUUAUUUAUUUAAUAAUUUAGACUCAUGUAUUUGUAUUGGAUCAGUUUUUAAUUUUUAUUUUAAUUUUGGAAACUUUCCAAAUUGUAAAAAGCAAAAUAUGUUAUGUAUCGAUUUGAUAAACAAUGCCUACGACCACGACCAUCAACAUCAUCAUCCACACAACAACAAUAAUAAUGAUAAUAAUAAUAAUAAUAAUAAGAGGGAUAAGUUGGAUGUAUCUCAUUAUUUUUUUUCAGACUUAUUUCAUAUAUUGAAAAAAUUAUAUUACGCAGUUAAAAAUGUUAUUCAUAUAAAUGAUAUCGAAAAUAAGAAAGAGUGGGUAAACAUCUUGAAUGAUAUGAAAAAAACGAAUUUUAAUAAAAUGUGUAUUCAAAUUAAUAAAUAUUUUGAAGAGGAACUAUUUACUAUGGAACAAGCCAUGCUAAUUAUAAGACAUAUAUUGAUUGAUUACUAUUUUUUAAAAAAUGACAUAGAGGAAGAAAAUAAAAAACAUUUCCUUAAUUAUUUAAAACAUGUGGAUAAAAUAAAAAUAAAAGAUUUUACAAAUAUAGAAAAUGUACAUUAUAGUGACCUUAUGGAUAAAGGAUUAGAUAUAGUAGAUAUAGACGAAGAUAUAUUAAGUGAUCACAAUGAUGACCAUAAUAAUGAUCAUAAUAAUGACACAUAUAUACAUCAAUAUGAAGACCAUUCCUACAAUGUGUAUGAUAAAAAAGAUAUCAUUUCAAAAAAGCAAAAAAAAGAAUUAUAUUUUUUAAAAAAACAAAUAAAAAAUAGAAUUAUUGUAACCAAUGAAGGGUCCAUAACUCUAAAUUUAGGAAUUUUAUAUUUACCUAAAUUUGGACCAUAUAAUUAUGUUAUACCUCAAAUUAAUGGAAUGAUGGGAGUAUCAAUGAAUGCAAGUAUAAGUGCCGCAUUAGAUAAUCCAAAUAAUAUAAUAUUUUCCAUAUUAGGAGAUUCAUCAUUUGGUUUUACAUCCAACGAAGUUGAAACAAUUUGCCGAUUAAAAUUAAAAAUUGUUUUUAUCAUUUUUAAUAAUAAUGGAAUAUAUGGAAAUAGAGAUAUUCCAAAAGAACAAAAUGUAACGAAUACCUAUAUUAAGGAAAAACACCAAAUAAAUGACCCAUCCUUUUAUUUGAAUAAUCCUUCGUCUUUAUACUUUUUUAGUAAAUAUGAAAAUUAUGUAAUUGCUCAUGGAGGUUAUGGCUGUUAUAUUGAUAACAGAAAUGAUUUUAUUAAACAAAUGAAAUAUGUAACAAGUCAAGACUUCGAUCAUUAUCCUGCCUUAUUAAAUGUAAUUAUUGAAGAUAGUGGAUGUGUAAAUUUUGAUGUAGACAAAUUUGUGAAGUAA